AUGAGUGCAAUUUGCCGGCUUGGGGUCAGACAUACCUUGCAAAAAGUGCUUGCUGGAUACGUUGGUUGCAGAACUUUUGCCAGAAUGGUCGAUGCCAAACUCGAUGCGGUGCCGGUCGUUGAUAUCGAUGAAGGAAUUUUCAAGUACGUGCUGAUCAAGGUUUACGGAAAGGAAAAAAGCGAUGGCAGCGAACCAUCCAAGAUGAUCGUCCGUGGAUUCAACCGGGCGCAGUGGCAUUCGGACAUUUACGACGAGGUCAGUUCGGCCUUGUUGGGCCUUGGGCUGGAGACGGAGUGUCUCGGCGGUGGAAGGAUUGAGAAUAGGCCCGACCUGAAGCAAAUCAAAGUGUACGGAUACUCGCAGGGAUACGGCAAGGCGGAUCAUAUGGAAUCGCGACGUUUGCUACUGACCAAAUACCCGGACCAUAACAUUACAUGCUCGGACGAAGGUUACUGA